AUGUCUGUUGAAGGCGUUCGCAUUCUCGGCCCUGUUCUUGGCGACCACGCCAAGAUCCUCACCCCUGAAGCUGUAAAGUUCCUAACGGUACUUCACCGUAACUUUGAACCUGUCCGUCAAGAGCGUCUGAAGGCCCGCGUUGCUCGUCAGGUUGAGCUCGAUGGCGGUAAGACUCUGGACUUCCUGCCUCACACACGACACAUCCGUGAGGACCCUUCGUGGCGAUGUGCCAUUCCUGCCCCUGGACUCCGCGACCGUCGUGUUGAAAUCACCGGCCCUGUUGACCGCAAGAUGGUCAUUAACGCCUUGAACUCGGGCGCCUACACCUACAUGGCUGACUUUGAGGACUCGAACUCGCCUACUUGGGCCAACAACCUUGAUGGCCAGGUCAACCUGCACGAUGCGAUUAACCGCCGCGUUGACUUCAAGGCUUCGAACGGCAAGGAAUACAAGUUGAAGCCUGCCGGCCAGCUGGCCACCCUGAUUGUUCGCCCUCGUGGCUGGCAUCUCAACGAGGAGUUUUUCCUCGUGGAUGGUAAGCCCAUGUCGGGUGGUCUGUUUGACUUUGGUCUAUUCUUCUUCCACAACGCUGAGCAACUUGUGAAGAACGGCUUUGGUCCCUACUUCUACCUUCCCAAGAUGGAGUCUCACCUUGAGGCUCGCCUAUGGAACGAUGUGUUUAACCUGGCUCAGGACUACAUUAACAUGCCGCGUGGCACUAUCCGUGGCACUGUACUCAUUGAGACCAUCACAGCUGCCUUCGAGAUGGAAGAGAUCCUCUACGAGCUUCGUCAGCAUUCGUCGGGUCUCAACUGCGGCCGCUGGGAUUACAUUUUCUCGUUCAUUAAGCGCCAGCGCUACAACCAGUCGGCUGUGCUCCCUGACCGUGCCUCCGUCACCAUGACGGCUCCUUUCAUGCAGGCCUACGUGAACCUCCUUAUCCAGACCUGCCACAAGCGAGGUGCUGCGGCUAUUGGUGGUAUGGCUGCUCAGAUUCCGAUCAAGGAAGACCCGAAGGCCAACGAUGUGGCUAUGGAGAAGGUUCGUGCUGACAAGCACCGCGAGGUGACUGCUGGCCACGACGGUACCUGGGUGGCUCACCCUGCUCUGGUCAAGAUUGCCCUGGAGGUGUUCAACAAGCACAUGCUCGGCCCGAACCAAUACCACGUCCGCCGUGAGGAGGUGAAGGUCACUGCGCUCGACCUGCUUAACCCGAACGUCGCUGGCCAGAUCACCGAGGGUGGCGCGCGUGCCAACGUCUCAGCUCUGUUGGCCUACUGUGCCAACUGGGUGAAGGGCAAUGGCUGUGUCCCCAUCAACCACCUUAUGGAGGACGCUGCUACCGCGGAGAUCUCGCGUAUCUCGCUCUGGCAGUGGGUGUUCCAUGGCUCGAAGACCGUGGAUGGCAAGCCGAUUACUCCCCAGUUUGUGGAUGAUCUCAUUGCUUCGGAAGCUGCUAAGCUGUCAAAGCUAGACCCCAAGGCUGUUGACCUGUCGCGUCGCUACCUGUCGCAGCAGGUCCGUGCGAAGGAGCCUAGCGAAUUCCUGACGUCGGAUCUGACUGCCCACCUCGACAACUCCCAGUCGAUGUCGCGCAUCUAA